AUGAGUGCUUCAGUUCCGAGCCCCGGGGCACCACAGACCAUCCUAAUUAUCUUAACUGCCGUCCUGUGUGUAAUAUGUAUGGGUGGGGGAAUUAUCAUCGGUUACUUCUUGCACCCCGAAAGUUGCAAUGCCCUUCCAGGCACAUACGGAGUACAGAGGUGGAAUUUGGAGCGUUUCGGCAAUACGGCUAAUGGUGUACCUGCCACCUUGAUUCAGUGUGAAAAUCAGAUUAACAAUAUUGAACCCGAAACACAAAGUUAUCUUGAGAACUGUCAAGUUGAGGCUUGUCAGGCAGAAUUAUGCGACCUACCAAUCCCUCGCUCGUACAUUGCCUACCAUCUGGGAGGGGAGACAAUCACGAUUGAUGGCAAACUAACUGACCGAGCCUGGCAAGACGUCAGCUGGACGGAACCAUUCGUUGAUAUCCGGGGAGAAGAUUACGCCAUUCCUCCACUAUUAACCAGAGCUAAAAUACGGUGGAAUGAUGAGUUCCUAUUUGUCGGUGGAUAUAUACAAGACCGAGAUAUAUGGGCAAACAAAACACUCCAUGACACAACAGUGUAUCAAGACAACGCUUUUCAGGUGCUUCUGGAUACCGAAGGCAGCAACCAUAAAUAUAAGGAGAUCGUCAUCAACGCCCUUGGGACAAUAUCCGACACCAUGUUAUCACGGCCUUAUCUGGAUGAUGGUGAGCCAUUGUUUCUGUGGGAGAGCCGGCUGCUGAGAGCUGUGCACGUGGAGGGGUCUCUGAACGACCCCACAUCACAAGAUAGUUUCUGGUCCGUGGAGAUGGCCAUCCCAUUCAGCGAUCUCAUUGGAGGAACAGAAAAAUCCAAUGACCCACCCAAAGAUCGGGAAGUGUGGAACUUUAACUUUGCAAGGUCCCAUUAUAAAGUAGAAGUUGUGGAUGAUAAAUAUCACAAGAUACUGGACAAGGCAGCGGACUGGUGGGUGUGGAACACACCUGCUGAAAUCAACAUCCACAUACCUGACAGAUGGGGGCUGGUGCAGUUUCGACGUCAAAAGGUCAACAGUACGACGUUUGUGAAGGAUCCAUACUGGGAGGUGACCUCCGCUCUUCGGGAUAUAUAUAAAGCUGAACACAGCUACCGGGCGGUCACGGGAAGGUACACGGAGAGAGUGGAUAAGCUCAACCUACCCCCUUAUAUAAGCUCAGGUCGAUGUUUCGAGUCGCCUUACAUCAAGGUUGAUUGGUCCGGGUUCACAGCCACCGUGCGACCUAAUGACAGAGAUCUGAAAGAUGGACACAUCCGAACUGACAGAUACUUGUGGUUCGGCAAUACGAGGAUACGAUAG